CUGUGCAUGUUUGCUUAACACCUACUCUCUCUGGAAAUUCGUUCACUUUCCCCAGAACCUUCAUUCUCUGUCUUAGGCUCAACAAUUCGCGAGAGAAACAGAUUGUCACUGCUCCGACCCAGGGUUUGAUGUUUGAUGAAGAGAUUGUUGAGGUUGUCCCACAUCAGUUGUGGAAGGGGCUGAUGAUGGAACGCAUGAAGAGUGACACGAGCGACAACACUUCUACUUCCCCUGGCAAUAAAAUGAAGAAACCAGGAGGCCAUAAAAAUUAUUCUAAUAAAGAUGACAAUGCGCAAAAUGAUCUUUGGACAGAUGGGCUCAUUUGUGCUUUUGAAUUCGUCCGGGGUCCAAAAAAAUCAAUUCAUUCAAGAUCUGGUUCGAAAAUCCCAUCACGAUGGCAAGUGGAUGGUGAAGAUUUCAAGAUGCAGGUGCCUGCAAAUGGAAAAGCCGAGUCUUCUUCCCCGACAAUAGAUGGGAACAAACUAUUAGAGUUGUAUUCCUUAAAAGAACUCAGAAGCAAUGAGACUUCUUCUUUUGAUGACUACAAAUAUGUUCAGACCCAUCAAUCAAGCCAAUGCCAGGGUAUAGAAAGACUUGAAGGUAGUCAUUGGGUACCAAUUGGCUGGGCUAGAAUUUCAGAACUUGUUAAAGAUGUGCAAGUGGAUGCUGAACUGUCCUUGCCGGAGUUUGAGUCCAUAGAUGAUGACCUAACUGUUGCGGAUCUAGCAGCUCCCUAUUGGGAACGUCCAGUAGGGCCCACAUGGUGGUGCCAUGUGUGUGCAGAUCACCCCUCGGUUCAGGCAUGGCUCAGCAAUUCUCAGCUGUUACAUCCGGCUGUAAGUUUAGCUCUAAGAGAUGAAAGUCUCCUAAUUAGCGACAGGAUGAAACACCUUUUGUAUGAGGUCCCAGUUAGAGUUGCUGGGGGGCUGUUAUUCGAGCUCUUGGGACAAUCAGUUGGUGUUCCUUUUGUUGAUGAGGAUGACAUCCCCAUUGUUCUUCGGUCUUGGCAAGCACAAAACUUCCUAAUAACAGCAUUGCACUUAAAGGGAAAUGUUUCCAAAACAAAUGUGUUGGGUAUCACAGAAGUUCAGGAGCUGCUUUCUUCUGGAGGUUAUAAUACACCAAGAACAGUGCAUGAAGUCAUUGCACAUUUGGCUUGCCGCCUUACUCAAUGGGAUGAUAGGCUAUUUCGUAAAGACAUAUUUGGGGCAGCAGACGAGAUUGAAUUGAAGUUCAUGAACAGGAGAAACCAAGAAGAUGUGCAACUCUUUAGUGUAAUUCUCAACCAAGAAAUCAGAAAGUUAUCGAGACAGGUGAUCAGAGUGAAGUGGUCACUUCAUGCAAGAGAAGAGAUUGUGUUUGAACUUCUCCAACAUUUUAGAGGAAAUGUGGCAAGAAGCUUGUUAGAGGGAAUAAGAAAAAGUACAAGAGAAAUGAUUGAGGAUCAAGAAGCCGUUCGUGGCCGCCUGUUUACCAUUCAAGAUGUGAUGCAAAGUACUGUUCGUGCAUGGCUGCAGGAUAAAAGCCUUCGAGUAACCCAUAAUCUUGCUGUUUUUGGGGGCUGUGGCCUUAUUCUUUCUAUCAUCACUGGGCUAUUCGGGAUCAAUGUUGACGGAAUCCCUGGAUCAGAGAGUACACCAUAUGCAUUUGGUUUAUUUGCAGCGAUCCUCUUCUUCUUGGGAUUUCUACUGAUUGUAGUUGGACUGGUUUAUCUUGGGUUGAAGAGGCCUAUUAAGGGGGAGCAGGUUGAAGUCAGGAUAUUGGAGCUUGAAGAGUUGGUUAAGAUGUUCCAGCAUGAGGCAGAGACUCAUGCCCAAGUUCGUACAAGAUUUUCUCGGAAUAACUUGCCCCCAACUGCUGGUGACGCAUUAGAUGAUGUGUAUUAUCUUCCCAUACAUUGACUAUAUGCUUGUUCUAUACAUUCUGCACCAUUGGGCAGUGGCCAGGCUCCUGACCCAGAAAAAAAAAGAGUGAUUCAUCUUGCUGGUUGUACUACUAAUUUUUGCAAGUUAGACUGGUUUAGAAAAGAUAGUGAAGGAUCAUGGAGAAGACGAUGGAUGUGAUACCCGAAUGUUAGAAUGUAAUCUUUAACGACUACUAAGAGAAUUUGUAAUUUGUAUUUAAGACUUGAAACUAU